AUGCAAAAUACUGGUGUUAACGGCGGCGCCGGCCGUGUAAGAGCCGAGGAUGUGAUUUCGAAGCUGAAAGACGACGGCGAUUUCGAUCGCCUGCGCCUCAAAAUCAUUCGUAAAUUGAAGGAGAAUGAAGAACUACGAAGCAGUAUUAUAUCAAUGGUGCAGCAAUCGGCUGCACUUAAUCGCCCCGGUGUUGAAAAUUUGAAACCGCGGCAGCUUUCUGACGCGAUACACCAAGAGAUUGGGGACAAAGUGAUGAGCCACAUCUCCGAUGGUGUCUGGAAUGUUAUCAGAUCAGCUGAUGGCAUGAAAAACGAAAUAACAGAAACCGUACAAUCAGUUUACGACAAAUUAUCAAAUCCUAGUUUGAAAGACAACGGCGAAUCAUCCUCUCACAGAGAUUCACAUUCACCUCGAAACAAACGUGAGAAUCAUGGUGAGGUUGCCGAAGCUAUCGGAAACAAUGGCGUGUUAUCAGAUGGAGAGCCAAACGAGCCACCGGGAUUUGGUUCAGCCGAUGUAAACAAGAUAAACAUGAACAGCCAAAAGAACCGACCAGACAAUAACAGUUUGUCUGCCCCUCAUGGCUUACGAGCCACCGGAAAACACAAUGGAGACAGCUUGCACGUGGAGAAUAUAUCAGAGGCUGAGAAUAUGGACUGUGAUGCCCCUCCUGGUUUUCCUUCUAUAAUCAAGCAUGAGAACUCAGGAGAUGCCGGUGAUGAAGAUCCUGAUGUGCCACCUGGAUUUGGUUGA